UGUUUCUCAAACUUGUAGUGGAUCUCGUGUAGCUACUACUGGUGCAUAUAUAUUAUUAAUAAUUAUUAUAAUUAUUUUCUUGGCAUCCAUCCACUUUGAUAGAAACAGAAAUAGUAUUGCUAUUGCAUGCUUAUUGAUUGCGUUGCCACCAUGGUACAGUGGCAGUGGUGUACAAUAUAUACAUGCAUAUAUGGUGUGUGUAUAAUUUAAUAUAAAGAGUGUAUAUAAAUAGAGAGAGGAUGUGGUGAGUGCCGCCAAAUGCAUAGGUAUAUGAGAGAGAGAGUAAAGUAAAGUAAAGUAAGGGAGAGAUGAGAAGCAGUGUAGUGUUGUUGUUAGUUACCUGGAUAUGGUUCCGCGUGGCAGCGUGCUCUUCCUUCACUGACAUGGAUGCGCUGCUGAAGCUCAAGGACUCCAUAAAGGGAGACAAGGCCAAGCAGGAGGCGCUCCAAGAUUGGAGGUUCUCCACCUCGCUUUCCGCACACUGUUCCUUUUCAGGUGUAAAAUGCGACCACGACCUCCGAGUCGUCGCAAUCAACGUCUCCUUCGUUCCUCUCUUCGGCCACCUCCCGCCGGAGAUCGGAAAGCUCGACAAACUCCAGAACCUCACCCUCGCGCAGGACAACCUCACCGGAGUGCUCCCCAAGGAGCUCGCCAACCUCACCUCCCUCAAGCUCCUCAACAUCUCCCACAACAACUUCUCCGCCCAUUUCCCCGCCGGAAUCAUUCUUCCCAUGACCCAACUCCAGGUCCUCGACGUCUACGACAACAUGUUCACCGGAGCACUUCCCCAGGAGUUGGUCCGCCUGGAGAACCUCAAGUACCUCAAGCUCGACGGAAACUACUUCACCGGCACCAUACCGGAGAGUUACUCAGAGUUCAAGAGCUUAGAGUUUUUAAGCUUAAGCACCAACAGCCUCUCGGGGAAGAUUCCCAAGAGUUUGUCCAAAUUAAAGACGCUCAAGUAUCUCAAACUCGGAUACGUCAACGCCUACGAAGGCGGAAUCCCGCCGGAGUUCGGAACAAUGAAAUCUCUGAAAUUCCUUGAUCUCUCAAGCUGUAACCUCAGCGGCGAGAUUCCACCGAGUCUCAGCAAUUUGACAAACCUCGACACGUUGUUCCUGCAUAUCAACAACCUCACCGGAACAAUCCCGCCGGAGCUCUCCAACAUGGCCAGCCUCAUGUCACUGGAUCUCUCCAUCAACAACCUCACCGGCGAGAUUCCGUUGAGUUUCUCCAAGCUCAGAAACCUCACGCUCAUGAAUUUCUUCCACAACAAGCUCCGCGGUCCUAUUCCGUCGUUCGUCGGGGAGCUUCCGCAUCUGGAAACGCUUCAGCUCUGGGAGAACAACUUCUCGUACGUGCUCCCGCAGAACCUAGGGGAAAACGGCAAGUUCAUCUUCUUCGACGUGAUGAAGAACCACCUCACUGGAUUAAUCCCCAGGAAUUUGUGCAAGAGCGGCAAGUUGCAGACGUUCUUGAUCAGCGAUAACUUCUUCAACGGUCCACUCCCCGAGGAGAUUGGUAACUGCAAGUCUCUCAUGAAAAUCCGCGCCGCCAAUAACUACCUUGACGGUAACAUUCCCUCUGGGAUCUUCAAACUGCCUUCCGUUAACAUAAUCGAGCUCUACAAGAACCAUUUUAACGGCCAACUGCCUUCCGAGAUUUCCGCCGUCUCUCUCGGGACGCUCACGCUUUCCAACAACUUCUUCACGGGGAAUAUCCCGCCAGCCUUCAAAAACUUCCGAGCGUUGCAAGCUCUUGCACUCGACGCCAACCAGUUCGUUGGGGAAAUUCCCGGGGAGCUUUUCGAAUUACCGCAGUUGACCAAGGUCAACAUCAGCGGCAACAAUCUAACAGGACCCAUCCCAGCGACGUUGACUCGCUGCGCUACGCUCACCGCCGUUGACCUCAGCCGGAACAUGCUCGCCGGCGAGAUUCCCACGGGGAUUAAAAACCUCUCAGACUUGAGCAUUUUCAACGUGUCGAGGAACCAAAUCACAGGUCCCAUCCCGGACGAGAUUCGCGUGAUGCCGAGCCUCACCACGCUGGAUCUCUCCUACAACAGUUUGUACGGCAAGGUUCCCACCGGCGGCCAGUUCCAGGUGUUCAGCGAGAAAUCCUUCGCGGGGAACCCUAACCUCUGUUUCUCCCGGUCGUGCCCUAAUUCGUGGAGAAAGAGGGGCGGUCCUUGGAGCUCGAAACCGACGAGGGUGAUAGUGAUAGUAAUUGCACUGGCGACCGCGACGCUGGUGGUGUUGGUGACGGUGUACGUGGCUCGGCGGAGGAAGGUGCAGCGGGCGAUGACGUGGAAGCUGACGACGUUCCAGCGGGUGAGUUUAAAGGCGGAGGAGGUGGUGGAGUGUCUGAAAGAGGAGAACAUAAUAGGGAAAGGAGGGGCUGGGAUCGUGUACCGCGGGUCCAUGGCGAACGGUAGUGACGUGGCGAUAAAGAAGUUGGUGGGUGCAGGGAGUGGGAGAAACGAUUAUGGUUUCAAGGCGGAGAUAGAGACGGUGGGGAAGAUAAGGCACAGGAACAUAAUGAGGCUUCUGGGUUACGUGUCGAACAAGGAAACGAACCUGUUGCUGUAUGAGUACAUGCCGAAUGGGAGCUUAGGGGAGUGGCUGCAUGGAGCCAAGGGGGGGCACUUGAGGUGGGAAAUGAGGUACAAGAUUGCAGUGGAAGCUGCCAAGGGUCUCUGCUAUUUGCACCACGAUUGUUCCCCUCUCAUCAUCCACAGGGACGUCAAGUCCAAUAACAUAUUGCUGGACGCGGAGUUGGAGGCCCAUGUUGCUGAUUUUGGGCUUGCCAAGUUCUUGUACGACCCAAACGCGUCCCAGUCGAUGUCCUCCAUCGCUGGCUCCUACGGCUACAUUGCUCCAGAGUACGCUUACACGCUGAAAGUGGACGAGAAAAGCGACGUGUACAGCUUCGGAGUGGUGCUGUUGGAGCUGAUAAUUGGGAGGAAGCCAGUGGGGGAGUUCGGCGAUGGAGUGGACAUCGUUGGAUGGGUCAACAAAACAAGAUCCGAACUCUCUCAGCCCUCGGAUGCUGCCUUGGUGUUGGCUGUGGUGGACCCGCGCCUCACUGGGUAUCCAUUGACAAGUGUUAUUUACAUGUUCAACAUAGCUAUCAUGUGUGUUAAGGAAAUGGGCCCCGCUCGCCCCACCAUGAGGGAAGUCGUUCAUAUGCUCACCAAUCCUCCUCCCUCCACCACCACCACUCCAAACCUAAUUAAUCUCUGAUCUCUGAUCUCUUUUCUCAACCACAUUCGCUUCUCCGAAAAUUAAUAAAUUAACACGUACGAAAGAACACAAUCUCUCUCAAUAACUUUCAUGUGUUGUUUCUCAGAAGUGAAUCCACACAUCAAAUGUAAAAUAGGCUUUACUUUUUUUUAAUUUUGCAUUUCUAGUAAUUGGAAAGGAUUUCUCCAAUUGUACGUGUAUCAAGAAUUUUUGUAUAAAGAGUUUGCAUGUCAUUGCCACUA